GAAUGAUAUGCUGCUCAAGUUGUAGAAAGGGUGGACAGCUGGUGUAUUUUUGUGUGUGUGUGUGUUCAGCGGCAUUUACAGAAAGGGAAAAGGAAAAGUGGACGAUUCCAGAGAAAAUCUGUAAUACAAACCUGGGAUAGAAUUAGUUUCCAGCAAUGCAGCUGACCGCGUGUGAGCCCACCGCCAUGUCUGAAGCUGUGGUGAUGGAGCCUUCCAGAACAGGCAGCUUCCUGGAGUCAUCCUGUGGUGCAGGGGACAGCGCAGCCUCACUUGACGGCAUUGUGCUCAAUGAGUCUUCAGAGGAGGAGUCCACAGGGGAAAGAGAAGAGGAGACCAGUGCGCAUGAUGAAGUCAACAGCAGCACCAAGGCCACAGAGGUCCCCGCUGAACAGACGUCAAACACACAAACAGUGAAAGCCCAGCGCCCAAACUCCCUGUCGGUGCCAGCAGCAGGAGAGCCCGGCCUGUGGACGUCGCAGGGUGAUGCGGAGGUGAAACUGAGGAUUGGCGACUCUGGCCUGGCUGCUGACAGCCCUUUGACCGUCAACGAGAUGUUCACCUCAGCUGUGGAGCGCUUUGGCAACUGUACAGCUCUGAGCUGGAAGGAGGGCGAUCAGCAGAAGAGCCUAAAUUACAAAGAAUACUACCAGACCUGCCGCACCGCUGCCAAGAGCUUCCUUAAGCUUGGCUUGCAACGCUACCACGGCGUCGGCAUCCUGGGCUUCAACUCCGCUGAGUGGUUCAUUGCUGACAUUGGAGCCAUUAUGGCAGGUGGGUUUGCUGUGGGCAUCUACACCACCAACUCUCCUGAGGCAUGCCAGUAUGUAGCAGAAAACUGCAGGGCCAAUAUCAUUGUGGUGGAGAACCACAAACAGCUGCAGAAGAUCCUUCAGGUUGAAGACAAGCUGCCACACCUGAAAGCCAUUAUCCAGUACAAAGAUGCACUAAAAGAGAAGAGACCAAAUCUGUACACAUGGGCGGAGUUUAUGGAGCUCGGACGCGAUGAGCCUGAUGCACCACUCGACGCAGUCAUCUCCAGCCAGAAGCCCAACCAAUGCUGCACCCUCAUCUACACCUCAGGAACCACAGGGCAGCCCAAAGGAGUCAUGCUCAGCCAUGACAAUAUAACAUGGACGGCGCUCUCCACCUGCCGCCACGUGCGACUGACAGACGCCACUCAGAACCAGGAGAUUGUGGUCAGCUACCUGCCACUCAGCCACAUCGCAGCACAGAUGGUCGACAUCUGGGUCACAAUGAAGGUCGGUGGGGCGACCUACUUCGCUCAGCCAGAUGCACUGAAGGGCUCUUUGGUAAACACCUUGAAGGAGGUGCGUCCCACAGCCUUCAUGGGCGUCCCACGUGUCUGGGAGAAGAUGCAGGAGAAGAUGAGGGCUGUCGGAGCAAAGUCGUCGACUGUGCGCAGGAAGGUGGCUGCCUGGGCCAAAGAUGUCGGUCUGCAGACUAAUCUGACCAAGAUGAAUCCAAGCGAUGCAGCUGGCCGACCACCAUUAAGCUAUCACAUAGCCAAAAAGCUUGUGUUCAAAAAGGUGCGUAAGGCCCUAGGCCUGGACCGCUGCAGUAAGUGCUACACAGGUGCCGCACCCAUCACCAAGGACACCCUGGAGUUCUUCCUCAGCCUGGACAUUCCUCUGUACGAGCUGUACGGUAUGAGUGAGUGCACUGGACCUCACACCAUCUCCCGCCCUGAAGCCUUCAAACUCACCAGUUGUGGUAAAGAGAUCCCAGGAUGCAAGACAAAGCUGCACAACCCGGACGAGGAGGGAAACGGUGAGAUCUGCUUCUGGGGCCGUCACGUCUUCAUGGGUUACCUCAACAUGCCCGACAAGACAGAGGAGGCACUCGAUGCAGAGGGCUGGCUGCACUCAGGUGACCUGGGCAAACAUGACGAGAAUGGAUUCCUUUUUAUCACUGGACGAAUUAAAGAGCUGAUCAUCACAGCAGGAGGAGAGAACAUCCCUCCUGUUCCGAUUGAGGAUGCAGUGAAGGAGGCCAUUCCACUGAUUAGUAACGCCAUGCUGAUCGGAGACAAGAGGAAGUUUCUGUCGAUGCUGCUCACCAUUAAGUGCCAGGUAAACCCAGAGUCGGGCGAUCCAGAGGACGAGCUGACGCCAGAAGCUGUGGAGCUCUGCCGGAAGCUGGGCAGCGACGCCACACGGGUCUCUGAGAUCGCAGGUGGCCGAGACCGGGCAAUCCAUGCCGCCAUUCAGGAGGGAAUCAACGGAGUCAACGAGAAGGCAACCUCCAACGCUCAGCGCAUUCAAAAGUGGAUCAUUCUGGAUCGGGAUUUCUCCCUUCCAGGAGGAGAACUGGGCCCUACCAUGAAGCUGAAGCGGCCGGUGGUAAUGAAGAUGUACAAAGAGCAGAUUGAGAACUUUUAUAAAGAACUGGCAACUCCAACGACCCCUGACAACCCGCUGCCUCCCAAAUAGAGCUGCUCCUCUACCUCCUGUUUGAGUUAACACUCCAUCUCAUUUAUCAAAACCUCUCCCUGUUGCCAUUCUUCUCCUGUAAAAAUGUUUGCCUUAAGUUGUGAAUGAUCUGUCUUGGUUUACAUUUGUGGGUGUUUUACAAAAAUUAAAAGCCAAAAUAAGAAGCCAUUGUAAAAUAGCUUUAUGAUUUUGAAGACAAAUUCAACUAUUUACAGGGAUGAACGGUAAUAUUGGAUAGCUGAAGUAGCCGCAGCUGUAAGUUAUUUAUUGCACUGCAAUUACUCGAGAUAAAGAGACAGAAUCGAAAAUACAUUAUAGGGUGUUUUAAAAAAAGGAGUAAUGUGCUUUUGAACAUGUUUAUUUAUUUUCAGUUUGCCAAAGUUUAUGAGGGCCAAAUGAGCUUCAAAUGAAGGAGGCAUUUCUAGAAAGACUUAUGAAUUUCUUAUGAAAUUCAGCAAUCAUAUCUCACGUUUACUGGCCUUUUUAAAUGUAUUUGGUGUUUUUUCUCGUCUUCGUCUGCCUGGUUUCAAAGAAAGUAAUCAUUAUUUUGUACAUGUGUUUAAAAGAAAACUCUCAUGACAAAAAAAAAUUGUUUUUCGUGCUGGAAAAACACGUCAUUGAAGCCAUAUCUAUUGCCUUUUGUAACUGUAAAGUCAGACUUGUUCUGUUUGCUGACUGAUUUGCAGCCUACACACCUGCCUGGUCCUGUUGAAAUGUUUACCCAACAGUCCUUCUGUGUGUAGAUGUGCAUUGAUUGUGUGUAAUAUUGUAAAUACAUUUUUGCCUACAUCAUCUUUUACUUCUCUUUCGCUCAGUUAAAAUUUUCAUUCCAUAUUUUGUUUGCACUCAAACAUGGAAAAAGUGUUAAUGGAAAAAGUUAGAUUGUAUGUAGGUUUAUGGCAAAUACAUGAACUGCAUUAUAGUUGUCCUCAUUGGUGUGCUGCCAUCUUUUAAGCAUCACACACAUAAAUAUUCAGAUGCUUGAGGUUUUGAUCCAGUAACGUCUUCAGCCUCUUGAAGAUGUUUCACGCAAGAGAUUGUUGCACUCCAAAGAGCUGAUCUUGUAUAUGAAGUAAGUGUGUGUGUGUGUGUGUGUAUGUAUGUAUAUAUAUAUAUAUAAAGCAUAUAAUAGGUAUUUGUAGCUCUCUGACAGUUCAAAGUGAAGGCAUAAAGAUAAAUAAGGAAAUGAAGGUGAUUCAGUGUGUCAGAGUGAGUGAGUUUCUUGCUGUCUUGAAUACGUACAGACUUCAUUAAGCCAAUAAUGUCCACUCAACAUAUAAAAUUAGAACUUGGAAGAGUUUAACAGCCUGUCAGAAAGCUUUUAUAUCUAAGAGGUUGUUAUUUGAUGGUCUCCAACAGUUCAGCAAUAACUCACAAGACCGCAGACAGAAAACUGGAUGUACCUGACCUUAAAGAGGUGUUAUUGCUGUGAACAAUACCAGGGUUCAAAGAUGGAAAUGUGCAUGACGCCGCAGGAGAAAAACAAAGCAGGCAUGUGAAUGUUUGAUCAGUUAUGGAAUAAAAGUUGAUUAAGCUGA